AUGUUGUUUGCUGUAUGGAAACACCUCCCUCAGAUUCCAGUAGCAAGCUUGGAGCUUCUUCUAACAAGCGACCUGCAUGUUGAGACUGAUGAAGGAGAAAAAGCCAAGAGUGUCAAGAGAGCUUCAGUUUCUGAUGGCGAGACCAAGGCAAACUGUUUCCAGCGAAUUUGGUCCGAGGAAGAUGAGAUUGCUUUGUUACAAGGGAUCGUGGACUACAAAGAGACUAGUGGGUUAGACCCUUUUAAUGGUGAGAGGAAGGCUUUGUAUGAUCUCCUGAAGCCUCAUAUCAGUGUCAGUGUCACAUCAGUUCAGUUCUUUCAGAAGAUAAGGACGCUGAAAAAGAAGUUUAAGAAAGAGAAGAAUAAAGGCUCCAAGCCUAACAAUCAAAAGUUGUUUCAUCUGUCGAAGUUGAUUUGGGGAGAUGAAGAGAUCAGCUAUGCCGAGAAAGAUGAGUUGAAGACUGGUGAGGGGAGGAAGAGGAGUGUGUUUCAGUUGUGGAGGCAUUAGUUCGGCUUGGUAUGGAUGGUCGUGCACCAAAAAUUACUUCAUCACGAGACAGUAGCGUACAUUCGAAAUUCAUCUCCACAACUUGUCAGUUAUGCAGCACAGGUCCAUUGUUUCCUCUGACCACUAGACCAGCUACACCACUGUACUUUGUGAUCUUGCACAGCCGUCGUGUCUCUUAGUAUGAAGUCGCAGGUUCCACUAGAACCAGUGGUGAAGCUUGGUGUAUAAACCGGCCAGAGAGUAUUAAUUUGAUUAUCCAUGAUUAAUGUGUGAAUGGGACGAACUAGUCUAUGGUUAAUCACCAUCUAUAGAGUUUGAGGAACAUCUUAGCCUUGCACAUGAGGAAUUACUAGUUAAUCCUCGUUUAGUGAGUCUGGACCAUGAUCAUAGUUUUCAGCUCUUUUUUAACCAUUCUUUCGUUUCUGGGUUAUGGUUUAACUUGGUGAUUUUGUUGAGGAUUGCUCCUAUAUUUAUCACUGAUUCUUCUAAAUUAUUAGGUUGGUACUCCCUUUCUUUGCAUAAUGCUUUCUGAAAGGACAUGCAUGUUUCUAUAUAUGACCAGACAUUCUCCCCUCAAAGUUGAAGAUCACGCAUCAAUGAUUUCACAUGAGAACCAACAAGACAAGUCCCCUCGGCUAGAGAUGUGCAACUGAAGAGAAAGAACACGGUUUGGACUCUGUGUUGUGUUUGUGCAAACAUAGAGAAGCAAUAAAAACUGGAACUGUAGCCACCUUUUGGCUUCUCAGACGUUACAUGAAAAUGUGAUGAAAUCUAAUACUUUAUAUUGCCUUCGUUUAAAAACCAAAUCUCUGCAAUUUAAGAAAUAAAAGGUCCUAGAAAUUUUUGUAAAACCUGUCUAGAAAAAUAAAAUGAAAACCA